AUUUUAUAAUUUCUCAAUUAAAAAACAUCAGACAAGACUGUACGAAUCGAAACUUUUCAUAAAUUUAAAAAAUGGCUACAAUAACUACCAAUUCAAUCUCAUUCUCGAUCUUGCCUUCCGUUAAUCCUCUUUUCCCCUUCCUCUCCCUCUCUCCACUCCUCUCUCGUUUUCGCCGUCGGAAACCGCCUUCCUUCACCAUCGCCGCCGGCUCCUCCCGCCGGAAACCGCCUUUCGAGCCACCGGACUCCAAAAUGUCAGUCUCAGUUCAGAUUCCGGCAGCUUCCACCCGGCGAGAUCUCGAGACUGAACCGUUGCUAGAUUCUAGAAACCGAAAGGGGGAUCAGCUGACAACCACUGUCCAAGAAGAUUCUGUCUUGUCCAAUAAAACUAUUCCUCACAAGAACAAAUAUUCUCUUCGUCCAAUCAGUUGCUUUGGAGUGGAUCUAACCCCAGAUAACAUUGCUGUUGCUAUGGUAUAUUUUGUUCAAGGCGUCCUGGGCCUUUCUAGGCUUGCUGUUAGCUUUUACUUGAAAGAUGACCUACACCUAGAUCCUGCAGAGACAGCUGUCAUAUCUGGUUUCUCAUCAUUGCCGUGGCUCGUAAAACCAUUGUAUGGGUUCAUCAGCGAUUCCUUCCCUCUCUUUGGAUAUCGGAGGAGAUCAUACUUGGUACUCUCAGGGCUCCUUGGGGCAUUCUCAUGGUUUUUGAUGGCCACCUUCGUUGAUAGCAAGUAUAGUGCUGCCUUCUCCAUACUUAUUGGUUCUCUUUCUGUCGCUUUCUCAGACGUUGUUGUAGAUUCCAUGGUUGUUGAGAGGGCACGUGGUGAGUCUCAAAGCAUGUCAGGAUCUCUUCAGUCAUUGUGCUGGGGUUCUUCCGCAUUUGGAGGAAUUGUGAGUGCCUACUUUAGUGGCUCCCUUGUGGAUGCUUACGGUGUGAGGUUUGUUUUUGGUGCAACAUCAUUACUUCCUCUUAUAACAUCUGCAGUAUCUGUACUUGUGAAAGAGCAGCCAGUACGAGGCCCAGCGAGGGGAGUUUCUUUAGGCAAUGGCUUCAUCGAGAGCUCAAAAAACAAUUUUAUCCAGUUAUGGGGAACUGUUAAGCAGCCCAGCGUUCUACUUCCCACCCUAUUUAUUUUCUUAUGGCAGGCAACACCACAAUCAGAUUCUGCUAUGUUUUACUUCACGACAAACAAACUUGGUUUCACUCCUGAAUUCCUUGGACGUGUUAAGCUUGUCACUUCAGUUGCAUCACUUAUUGGUGUGGGGCUUUAUAAUUGUUUUUUGAAGAAAGUUCCUUUAAGAAAAAUAUUCCUCGUAAUGACUCUCAUUGGUACAGCUCUUGGGAUGACCCAGGUUCUGCUGGUGACUGGAUUGAACCGGCAGUUUGGCAUUAGUGAUGAGUGGUUUGCUAUUGGGGAUUCCUUGAUUAUAACUGUUCUGGGUCAGGCAUCUUUCAUGCCUGUUCUAGUACUGGCUGCUAGAAUAUGUCCACAAGGAAUGGAAGCAACUCUUUUCGCAACCCUUAUGUCCAUAUCCAAUGGAGGGAGUGUCCUUGGUGGUCUAAUUGGUGCUGGUCUAAUGCAGGUAUUUGGUGUCACCAAGGACAGGUUUGACAACUUGGCUUUUCUGAUAGUUCUCUGCAAUCUCAGCUCCCUAUUGCCUUUGCCCUUGCUUGGUCUUCUUCCUGAUGAUGAGCCGGAUACAAAAGAAAAUACCGAUAUAGAGAUGAAAUCUAAUUGAAUUCUUGCCUGCUGUGCGCAUCCUGAGUCUGGCUAAGCUUUUGCUACAGCUUUUUGAGAAAACAAUAGGAGAGAAUACACGUGUGAAUACAAAUACUAAUAUCGAAUGACUGAACAGAUGAGUAAUGUGAAUUAAUCACCCCCCAUAGAAAAAGCUUAAGGGACUAGUGAUCUUUAUGUGUUUCGAGAAGUUGAGUAAAGGGCGAGAUAGAUCUUGAGCCUCGUUGAUCCUUAACGUAUGUAGUGCUGGAUGAUCGUGUAACUUGUAAGUCUUGAAUGCCCAUUGAGAAAUUGAGUAACUUUUGGUAUUUCAUGAUCAAAUCUUUGCCAAAAGGCAUUGAACUAUUUAUAGCAUUGACCGUUCCAUAUAGGAAUACUUACUGUUGGUAUAGUA